AUGGUGAUCGCGGGCUACGUUAGCAGCUUCGUCGGCAGCGUCUGCAUGGCGGUGGCACCGUCGUUCGCACUGGCCCUGCUUUGCAGAGCAAUUUUGGGACUUGGAUUAGGCCUGGCUAUGACUUCCUCCUUUUGUCUCCUGAUGGAGGUGAUCGGACCACAGAAGAGGACAACUACCGCCGUGGCGUUCAGUCUUGGCUUCACCUUGGGUGUCGUCUUGCUACCCGGGUUCGCUUGGUUUCUUCAAGAGUGGAGGACCUUGCAGGGCGUCAUCAGCGUGCCCCUGCUCGCCUUCGUCAUAUGGGCAUGGUAUCUCCCCGAGUCUCCUCGAUGGCUAAUAGCCGUCGGAAAGAUGUCAGCAGCCCGCAAGGUCAUACUUAAAGCCUGCUGCGACAACAGGGUGCCAAUUCAUAACAUCGACUCUGUAUUAGAACAACUGAGAAAUAAGAUUUUGCAGCAUGAGGAAGAGGAGGCAAAGAAUAAGGCCAGCUGCUUGGAACUCGUGAGAAGCCGAAGGAUGUUCCUUUACACCGGCAUUUUGGUCUACGCAGCGUAA